CAUUCGCUGUGGUUAUUUUUUUCAAUGCAGAGGUCGGGUGACGCCCCUCCCCUGAAUCCCCACAGCAUCAGCACCUCCAAACCCAACAAGGCGACCUGCCUCUGGAAGAGGAUGCUCUCCAGCCCGUGAUGCUCCGCCGGCCCCGGGAGACACCGCGAUGAGACGGCGAGCCGCGACGGUAGAGUCCCCCGCUGCCCGCACGUUUCUGCUGCCUCGCUGCCUCCAUUCAUGAUGCACCAUUCAUGCAUCCCAAGAAUGGAGCCACAGCGCGAAGAAAACAUUAAAACAGCCCCUUUCUGCCCCGUCGGCUCUCCUUUAUAAGACCAGAAGGGUUUUUUUCAUCAAAGAAGCUCAUUUUCAUGUAGGUCAAAGUGAUGAAGACGCCGAUUUUGCCUUUUGAGGGCGCCGCGCGAACGUAGGGCUAAAUACGAGGCAAGCCAAGCAAACAAAAGGCAUCCAAUCCCCCUCCUCUGACGCACCUGGCUGCCCGGUCGCCGCUUGACAUGACAGCACGGAGCCGGGAGCAGAGCAGCAGGAUCAAGGGGCACAGACGUGCGGCCGGACGCGCGGACUCGACAGGGAACCGGGGAGCCGGCGGACGCUCGGCGGAGAAGCAUCAGCAGCCCAGGGGAGGCCGGAUUGCAGUUUCUGGGGACGAGCGCCAAGGGCAGUGCGGCAGUCAGCAGGCAGACCGGGGGGAGGAGGCUGCGGAGAUCUGUCGUACUUGCCCCCAAGACAGCACUGCGAUCUCACCUCCACAUCAUCCAGAACAUAUGAUGCUGGGCGUGCUUGUGUUUGAUCAAUGGUGACUGCAUUGCUCCCCGUCAUUUUCUCUUUUUCUUCUUCCCAACCAAUCACUGAUGAUGUGCAAUUAAAAGAAUAGACCUACUCUUCAGGCAAGGGUGGAACCCUGAGGGGACUGAUGUGCAUACUGGCCAGGUAUCAUUUGCCCCCUUCUUCUCUGGUUUUGCUCAUUUUGCUUGUUGCCUGCACUAUGGGCUGUAUUCAGAGCAUUGCAUGCAAGCCCCGCAUCAGACGGGAGAACAUUGUGGUGUAUGAGGUGUCCGCCUCGAUCGACCAGUGUCCCACCAUCAUUGAGGAAAACUCGCCGAUCGUGCUCCGUUACAAGACACCAUACUUCAGGGCCUCGGCGGGAGUCGUGAUGCCACCAGUGCCCCGCAACGAGACCUGGGUGGUGGGCUGGAUUCAAGCGUGCACCCAGAUGGAGUUCUACAACACUUAUGGUGAUAUCGGCAUGUCCAGCUGGGAAUUACCGGAGCUGCGGGAGGGCCGGGUCAAGGCCAUCAGUGACUCGGAUGGCGUCAGCUACCCCUGGUACGGUAACACCACGGAGACGGUCACCCUCACCGGCCCCACGUCCAAGCCGUCCCGGCUGACGGUCAGCAUGAACGACAACUUUUACCCCAGCGUGACAUGGGCAGUUCCCAUCAGCAACAGCAACACGCCCAUGCUGACCCACAUCACCAGAGACCAGAGUUUCAUCACCUGGCUGGUCGCCAUGAACUCUGUCACCAAGGAGCGGAUCGUGCUGCAGACGGUGCGGUGGCGGAUGCGGGUGGACAUAGCCGUGGAUCCCGACAUGCCCCUCGGCUCCCGGGCUUCGCUGGUGGGUCGGCCCUACCAGGAGCAGCCGCACAUCCUCAACUACCAGGAGCCCAUCCCUCCCAACGCGCUCGGGAGGCCGAACGCCAACGACGCCCAAGUGCUAAUGUGGAGACCGCGGAGAGGGGCGCCGCUGGUGGUCAUCCCGCCAAAGUGAGUGCAGUGGUCACAGAGGCAGAUCAUUCACGGUUCUCUUUUCGAUGGAAACGGAGGAUGCAAUCAGACAGAGAGGUGAUGAAAUCAUCAAGACCAGAGGUUUCCAGCUGUGUUUCUUUUUUUUUUAUUCCUGGAGGAUUUAAGUGCACAGCUACAAUCACCCGGAGUGGAUAUUUCAUCUUUACACAGGUGAAAGAAUAUCAUGGUGCUGGAGAAGCGUCCAACCCUGGAAAAGCUUUUGGAUUGCAAUAAAGAGUUCUGCCUGCCCUUUUAGUGAAGAAGGAACACUGUUUUUAGACGUACCGUGAAGGUAUUACCCCGCCAGACAAACUGCAUCCUGCAUCCUUAUGUAGACUUUAUUGCAUGAGUGUGAGAGGAAGACGAAAAACUCUCAUCGAAGAAGUUUAAGAAUAGCAUUUGUUUUGUAUAACUUGAUACCUGAUGACCUUUUGAUUGAAAAGUCAGCCAAAAAUCCCUGUGGGCUGGUUGAACCUCGUCUGUGCCAACAAAGGCCUUCAGCACACUGAGUACCAGAACUAAAGGAUGUAUUCAGAUUACUUUAAAAGAGACAAAGUAUUAUAUGAAUCUUUUUAGGUUAAGAUUUAACUCAUACAUUGAUCAGAUUGUAUUAAGAAAAACCCACUUGGCAUAAAAGUGUGGAGGAAAAAAACAACGUGCUGUAGUUUUCACUGGGGUUUCGCCGAUACGCCAAACUUCUGCACCAA